AUGUCUGCCUCUAGGAAUGAUAUUCUCACGCCCAAAUAUGGCCCUAAAGUUCUACAAUUAAGAGAGCUGAUCGCACAGCCUGUGAUAGCGGCAUUCUGCGCCGGUGGAGUGGCAGGUGCUGUAUCUAGAACAGUGGUGUCGCCUCUCGAACGACUCAAGAUUCUCUUUCAAAUCCAAAGUGUAGGACGAGAAGAAUACAAGAUGUCCGUAGGCAAGGGGCUUAUGAAGAUGUGGAAAGAGGAAGGUUGGCGUGGACUCAUGAGGGGUAAUGGCACCAAUUGCAUUCGAAUCGUCCCGUAUUCCGCUGUCCAAUUUGGAAGUUAUAAUUUCUACAAAAAGUUCUUCGAAACCUCUCCAGGCGCGGAUUUAGGUUCCUUCAAACGCCUCAUUUGCGGUGGAGCUGCUGGAAUUACCUCCGUAUUCUGUACAUAUCCUCUAGACAUCGUUCGCACCAGAUUAUCCAUUCAGUCUGCGUCAUUUGCGGCUUUGGGACAACAUGGUGCCAAGCUACCAGGCAUGCUUGCUACGCUGAAGACAAUGUAUAAGACAGAAGGGGGCGCUCUUGCAUUAUAUAGAGGCAUCAUACCCACAGUUGCCGGCGUUGCACCCUACGUCGGCCUCAACUUCAUGACUUAUGAGCUUGUACGAAAGCAUUUUACUCCAGAGGGGGACAAAAACCCCAGUGCAGGACGAAAAUUAGCAGCUGGAGCUAUAUCCGGCGCAGUAGCACAAACAUGCACAUAUCCAUUUGAUGUUCUUCGACGUCGUUUUCAGAUUAAUACGAUGUCUGGCAUGGGAUACCAGUACAAAUCAAUUUUCGAUGCUGUCCGAAGUAUUGUGGCACAAGAAGGUGUCGCCGGCAUGUAUAAGGGCAUUGUACCCAACUUGCUCAAGGUAGCCCCGAGUAUGGCGAGUAGUUGGCUCAGUUACGAGAUGACCAGGGAUUACUUGCUGACAUUGAGAGCCGACGAGGCCGAUUUGUGA